GCGGAGAUUGAACUUUCUUUCCGUUCUCUCUAGAUCUCACAAUGGGGAACGACAUUGGGCAGCCGGAGCCUCACCCUGUCUGCUGCCUCCAUAAGCACGAGUCCUGUGGCCCCUGGCACGAUUCUCUGGGCAGGGAGAAGGCUACUGCCCACCUCUUGUACUCUGAGCACUACCAUGUGACCUAUACCCGCGGCCCCGGUGUGGUCCAUACAGGAGACGGGGAAGCCAUCAGGAAUGCUGCAGCCGUGGUUAUUCAGGCUCAUUGGCGCGGCUACUGGGCAAGGAAGAGGCUGCGGGAAAGGAACAGAGCCUGUUGGGCUGAACUAGGAACCACUAGGGCCCGGGGCCCCAAGGAGAACCUUGCUAUACAGGACCGAGAAGCCGGUAUCAUCGGAGUCAGACGCCAGGGCCACAAAGCCCGGUGCAGGCUGAUACCCCCUGAUGCCAGCGGGGGGCGCUGUGGCAGAUCAGAUAAUAGAGGCUACAAGCCAGAUGCCCCACUGGAGGGCAAAGCUGCAGCUCUUAUCCAGGCUCAAUACAGGGGCUACCAGGCCCGGCGGGCUUUGUGUCAGCACAGAAUUGUACCAUCCUCUAAACCCAUUCUCCAGAACCGCUUCACCCAGACCAAGCCGGAUCCUGUACCAGCUCGGUGCCAUCAGGGGCCCAAAGAGCCCCCCUGGGGAUGUCGAAGGAAAGACAUUCACUGUCAGACCAGUGUCCCAAGGUGCAAUGAGCCCGAGGACUUGCCUUCGGCGGUGCGGCCCAAGAUGGCCGGUUCUGCCACCCAGGACCAGGGGGACCAGAUGAACAAAAUCCAGGUACUGAAAGGGGUAGGACGGGCCCCGGCCGCUGUCACCGGAGACGGGAUGGUUCCAGUGCAACCAGGAUCCUGUAAAUCCAUUCUGAAAUAUUCAGCCAAUGCAGGCAGAGACAAGAUGCCCCCUGGUGGGGUAAUAAUGAGGAGGUACUCCCCACCAGUACUGCACCCUAAAAAAGUCGUUACGUUCAACAUUGCCCUGCCUUUUGAUGAUGCCAGCGGCCAACUCAGGGGUAUAAAGCUCAACGAAUACGACGCAAGGUUCCUGUGGCCCCAAACUCUCAUACCACCUAUGGUUGUUAUCAGCCCCACCAACUACCCCAAGGAGCCCCUGUCUAUAGUGUCCGGCCAAGCCUGUGGCCUUGUGACCAAUCAGCAUUGGGCAGGAAAGGAGUGGAGCAGAGAUGAUCACCAGUUGUUACCGGCCCCCAUGGGCAGUAGUGGGGCAGAUUCAGAGGCACCCAGGAUUCUACCCCUGCAGGAAGAGAGUGAGGAGCAGAUCUGCCCCAGCAGCAGGGAGGUAAGGGCAGCUGGCACCAUCCAGGGCUGCUGGCGGAGGUACAAGGCCAGGGAGAAAGGGAAGGCGCAGCCCAGAGUCAGACUCCAAACGAUGCUCUGGGUGCAAAAUGACGGCAACUGCUCCCUCGUUACUGAGCUGCAGGGCGGCGCCAAAGAGGAGGAGGGACACGAGACUUUCCUGGUUAAAGUCACAGAAACAGAAGAUUCCUGCACAGGGAAAACCAGCAGGAUAAUCGAGAUAACCACACCCAGUGCCAAGCCCACCCUGGCCAAUGAACUGCCUCCAACUGCAAUGUAAUACUAACUGCCCCGAGUACUGACGCAAGUACUACUCACUACAAUACUCACAGCAACAUUUCUACUUGCUGAAAAUAAUCUUUCUGCCUACAAUUUGA